CCUCACAGCCAGCUCACGCUCCUCACCGACCCCGAGCGCUGUGUCAGAGAUGUAAGCAUGCCCGAUCACCUGUAGGGACGUUCGGCCCAGGCAGGACAGGUGUGAAGCUUUCAGGUGUGCAGCUUCCAGCUGUGCUCCACGUGGCCGUGCAGUGCCGUCCCUGCGCCCAGCCCAGCCUGCGCUCAUUUGAGGGCGGAUCUGAGCGCUGUGCGGACGAAGGUCAUUUUCUGUGCAGGAGCGUUCCGUAGUGAGGAGUCCCUCAUCACCGGUGGGGUGAGUGUAGUUUUUCCUUUUUACAAUUAGUGCUUCUUGCAGGGCAUUGCUGAGUACUGUCAGGAAUUCUGGAGAAGCAGUCUUACUGCUUCAGUGACCUGACAUUAGUUAUCCGUGAACGGCUUUAAAAGCCGAGGACCAUCGUUUUACGGGGAAGGGGAGCUGGGCCGAUCAUACCAGAAGCCUACAUUAAGGAAACACGGUCCGUCCCGUGCUGGAAAGACCCACAAGGCACAGCCUAACCCUAUGGCUGUCAGCGGUGUCCCAGCGCUCCCUGAGCUCCAGCAGCGCGCACCGCCCGACCCCCAGCCGCCCCGCUCUGGCAGUUCAGUGCCGGUCACCACGGGACGGGUCUCACAGCCCCCAGGGCGGAGGGACGGCAGCCCCGAGCCCGGCUCCCCUUUCCCUGCACCACGCCGUGGCGGCCGCCGCCUCCCGCCCCGCGCUGGGGCGGAGCUGAGGGCGGAGCUGCGGCGGACGAGCUGCGGGAUGAGCCGGGAUCGGAGCGGGAGAACGGAAAGGAUACGGAGAUCGUGGAAGGAGAAGGGCGGGAGGGUCUGCGAUGGGGCGGCGGUGCGUGAGGCGCCCCGUGCUGUGCGGAGGGGCUUCGCUGCGCCCCGCGGCUCCUCCGCCCGAGCGCUGCCCUCAUGCGCCCCGCACGGCGCAGCGCCAUGUCCGCCUCCAGGCUCUUCACCCUCGUGCUGGUGGUGCAGCCGCCCCGCGUCCUCCUGGGGAAGAAGAAGAGCGGAUUCGGGGCCGGGCUGUGGAACGGCUUUGGAGGAAUCGUGCAGCCGGGGGAGAGCAUCGAGGAUGCGGCGCGCAGGGGGCUCAAGGAAGAGAGCGGGCUGACUGUGGACACCUUGCAGAAGAUGGGCCAGAUCACUUUUGAAUUUAUAGGCAACGCUGAACUGAUGGAAGUUCACGUUUUCCGAGCGGAUCAGUUUCACGGAGAGCCAAAGGAGAGCGAUGAAAUGCAGCCCCAGUGGUUUCAGAUGGAUGAGGUGCCAUUCAAACAAAUGUGGCCAGAUGACGUCUAUUGGUUCCCUUUGGUGUUUCAAAGAAAGUUGUUUCAUGGCUACUUUAAGUUCCAAGGACAAGACACCAUUGUGGAGCACACCCUGAAAGAAGUGGAGGAAGUUUAAGAGGAAGGCAGAAGCAUUCAUUCCUCGUGCUGCUGCUGCCCGCCCACAUUGGGCUGGGACACCACGAGUGCUUCCAGGGGGCUCCUUUCUCAGCUCCCCAGCAAGAAGAGGGUGACUGCCAGGUCCUGGGGAAGUAAGGAAAAUAAGGGGGUUUCUUAGAGCAGAAAUAAACAUAGAAAGAAUUUC